CGGGGAGGCGCGGCCGUCACUUGGCGAGCGGCGCUCCGCGGGUGCGGGGCUGCGCGGGCGGCGGCAGCGGCAGGGGCAGGGUUUGCCUGGGCUGGCCGAGCAUCCUCCAACUUGGAACUGUCCACCGGCGCGAGCUCCUGAACAUGAGCCUCCUGCCUCUCUACCUGCUCGGAUUGCUCCUCAGUGGCGGGCAAGCUUUACUUCAAGUUACAAUUUCACUUAGCAAAGUUGAGCUCAGUGUGGGUGAAUCCAAAUUCUUCACGUGCACAGCCAUUGGUGAGCCUGACAGCAUAGAUUGGUACAAUCCCCAAGGAGAGAAGAUUGUUUCUGGUCAGAGAGUGGUUGUUCAGAAAGAAGGAGUUCGAUCACGUCUGACCAUUUACAAUGCAAACAUAGAAGAUGCUGGGAUAUAUCGGUGUCAAGCAACAGAUGCUAAAGGACAAACUCAAGAAGCUACUGUAGUUUUGGAAAUUUAUCAAAAGCUCACUUUUCGAGACAUAGUGUCUCCACAGGAGUUCAGGCAGGGAGAAGAUGCAGAAGUUGUUUGCCGUGUUACCAGUUCACCUGCUCCCGUUGUCAGCUGGUUGUAUCGGAACGAGGAAGUCACAGCUAUUGCUGACAAUCGAUUUGCAGUAUUAGCAAACAAUAAUCUCCAAAUUCUUAAAAUCAAUAAAAGUGAUGAAGGAGUAUACAGAUGUGAAGGAAGAGUGGAAGCGAGAGGAGAAAUUGACUUUCGGGACAUAAUUGUUAUUGUGAAUGUUCCCCCUGCAAUUAUUCUGCUGCAGAAAUCCUUCAAUGCCACUGCAGACCGAGGAGAGGCAAUAACUUUGUUCUGCAGAGCCACUGGAUCACCUCCACCUGAAAUCAGUUGGUACAGGAAUGGCAAACUUAUUGAAGCAAAUGAAAAAUAUGUGCUGAGAGGAAGCAAUUCAGAACUAACCAUAAGAGAUAUUAAAAAUAUCGAUGCGGGUCCUUAUAUCUGCAAUGCUAAAAAUAAAGCAGGAAAUGACAAAAAACAGACAUUCCUUCAAGUUUUUGUGCAGCCUCAAAUAAUACAACUUAAAAAUGAAACCACCUUUGAGAAUGGGAAAGCAACCCUCAUCUGUGAAGCAGAAGGAGAACCUGUCCCAGAGAUUACUUGGAAAAGGGCCUCUGAUGGAAUGACUUUCUCUGAAGGCGAUAAGAGCCCAGAUGGCCGUAUAGAAGUCAAAGGGCAGCAUGGAAAAUCGUCACUGCAUAUUAAAGAUGUGAAGUUGUCAGAUUCAGGGAGAUAUGACUGUGAAGCUGCAAGUAGAAUUGGUGGGCACCAAAAGAGCAUGUACCUUGAUAUUGAAUAUGCUCCAACGUUUGUGUCAAAUCAAACCAUGUAUUACUCUUGGGAAGGCAAUCCCAUCAAUAUAAGUUGUGAAGUGCUGGCAAAUCCCUCUGCCUCAGUUCAGUGGAGAAGAGGAAAAUUAGUUUUACCCAUAAAAAAUACAACACAUCUGAAGACCUACAGUACAGGAAGAAAGCUGAUUCUAGAGAUUGCUCCCACCUCUGACAGUGAUUUUGGACGGUAUAAUUGUACAGCCACAAACAGAAUAGGAACAAGAUAUCAGGAAUAUACACUUGGUCAAGCUGAUGUGCCAUCAAAUCCGUAUGGAGUACGAGUUUUAGAGCUGUCCCAAACCACUGCCAAGGUUUCGUUCCAUAAGCCAGAGUCACAUGGAGGUGUUCCCAUUCACCACUACCAAGUGGAUGUAAAAGAGGUGGCCUCAGAAACCUGGAAAAUAGUUCGCUCCCAUGGAGUUCAAACAAUGGUUGUUCUCAGCAACUUGGAACCAAAUACGACAUAUGAAAUCAAAGUAGCAGCUGUAAAUGGAAAGGGUCAAGGAGAGUAUAGCAAAAUUGAGAUCUUUCAGACCUUACCUGUCCGGGAGCCAAGUCCCCCUUCAAUUCAUGGACAACCUGAAAGUGGCAAGAGUUUUAAACUUAGCAUAACUAAACAAGAUGAUGGAGGUGCCCCCAUACUGGAAUAUAUUGUCAAAUACAGAAGUAAAGACAAGGAAGACCAGUGGCUAGAGAAAAAAGUGCAGGGUAGUAGAGACCACAUCAUCUUAGAGCACCUUCAAUGGACCAUGGGUUACGAAGUACAAAUUACAGCUGCCAACAGACUGGGUUAUUCUGAACCAACAUUGUAUGAAUUCAGCAUGCCACCAAAGCCCAACAUUAUUACAGACACUCUUUUUAAUGGUCUUGGACUCGGUGCUGUCAUUGGCCUGGGAGUGGCAGCCCUUUUAUUAAUCCUGGUUGUGACUGAUGUAAGCUGCUUCUUUGUACGACAAUGUGGAUUGCUAAUGUGCAUCACCAGGAGGAUCUGUGGGAAGAAGAGUGGUUCAAGUGGAAAAAGUAAAGAACUGGAAGAAGGAAAGGCUGCUUACUUGAAAGAUGGAUCAAAAGAGCCAAUAGUGGAAAUGAGAACAGAGGAUGAAAGAAUUACCAAUCAUGAAGAUGGGAGUCCAGUAAAUGAGCCAAAUGAGACAACUCCCCUCACAGAACCAGAGAAACUGCCACUAAAGGAGGAAAAUGGCAAAGAAGCUUUAAAUCCAGAAACCAUAGAAAUCAAAGUUGCUAAUGAUAUCAUCCAGUCAAAAGAAGAUGAUAGCAAAGCAUAAUAAGAUAAACUACAGCUGUCUGGAUAAUGCAUUUGGAUUGAAGUAAUCCCGUGACCAAAACUUUACAGCUGACCUUAAUUUCUUGGGAAACUUAAGCUUGGAAUAGUUAGUACGUGUGUACAUAUGAUGAAACAGUUCCUGUCUACAGUUUCUUUCUAUUUUUUUGUUAAUGGUUUUAGUAUGUAGUUUUGCUGACACCAAGUCCCAUGGUAUAAAUUGGACAAAUCUGCAGAACAAGAACUGUAAUUUAUUUUGUGAAAAAUUAUGCCUAUUUAGAAGAAAAGUUGCAGAGCACCCCUAGCCACAAACAGCAUAUCAGGUCUCUCCAGAUCUUACAGUGCAAGCUACAUACAUAAAGUGCCAUAUGCUACUGUAUUUAUUUCCAUUUAUAAUAAAACAAAAGUUUAGGUUGUCUUUAAAAAAAAAAAAAAAGAAGAAAAACAGUUUCAGUAUAACCUUUAAGACCUUAGCACUGGCAGAUACUCAGUAGUCAUUCCAGCUGUGAUUAUCACUUGAAGUAAACAAAAACCACUCUUCAACACAAAGGCAAGUCCACCUGCAGUUUCACCUGGGUUCUACAGUAAAAUGAAAAGCUGAUAACCAUGAUGGUAUAUAUGGAUAUAAAUAAAAUUGGUAACUGUUUUGUAAUGAUA